AUGUCUCAAAGAUUACAAGAUAUUAAGAAUCAUAUUUCACCAGAUGGUGUAACAAAACAAAAUCAUUUAAGUAUUUUGAAAGAAUAUAAAAAUCCUGAUGAUAUUGUAAUUGUUGCAUCAAAUAGAUCUGCAAUAACAAAAGGUUUUAAAGGUGGAUUUAAUGAUUUAAAUACAGAUUAUUUAUUAGUUUCAUUUUUAAAAAAAUUUAUUGAAGUUUGGCCAGAAAAUUUACAAAAAAAUUUAAGUUUAAUUGAAGAUAUUACUUGUGGUAAUGUUUUAAAUGUUGGUGCAGGUGCAACAGAACAUAGAGCUGCAAUGCUAGCCGCUGGGUUUCCGUAUCAAACUUCGUUUAAUGCAAUUAAUAGACAAUGUUCUUCAGGUUUAACUGCAGUAAAUGAUAUUGCAAAUAAAAUAUCAUCGGGACAAAUUGAUAUUGGUCUAGCCUUAGGGAUUGAAUCGAUGUCAAAAAAUUAUAAAAACAUUAAUCCAUUAGGUUCAAUCUCUGAAGAAUUAUUAACUGAUAAAGAUGCUAAAAAAUGUUUAAUUCCGAUGGGCCUAACUAAUGAAUUAAUUGCUAAAAACUUUAACAUUAAUAGAGAACAACAAGAUUCCUUUGCAACAAAAUCUAACGAAAAAGCAAUUAAUGCAAUCAAACAAAAUUUAUUCAAAGAUGAAAUUUUACCAAUUUUAACACCUUCUGGUAAAAUUAUUGAUACCGAUGAAGGUCCACGUGAAAAUGUUACAGUUGAAUCACUAGCCAAAUUAAAUCCAGCAUUUAUUAAAGAUCCUAAAAAAAAUGGUACAACAACAGCUGGGAAUUCAUCGCAAAUUUCGGAUGGUGUUGCAGGUGUCUUAUUAGCACGUAGAUCGGUUGCCGAAUCUCUUGGUUUACCUAUAAUGGCACGUUAUUUAGCAUUUCAAGUUAUUGGUGUACCACCAGAAAUUAUGGGAGUGGGACCAGCUUUCGUUAUUCCAAAGUUAUUAAAUAAAUUACAAUUAUCAAUUAAUGAUAUUGACGUCUUUGAAAUUAAUGAAGCAUUUGCUGCACAAUGUUUGUACUGUGCAAACAAAUUAAAAAUUGAUCCAGAAAAGAUUAAUCCAAGAGGUGGUGCCAUUGCAUUAGGUCAUCCCUUAGGUUGUACCGGGGCAAGACAGGUCGCCACUUUAAUGAGAGAAUUACAAACUGGGCAAAUUGGGAUAGUUUCAAUGUGUAUCGGUACAGGGAUGGGUGCUGCAGCUGCUUUCCUAAAGGAAUGA